GCAGCAUCGCAUGUACUCUCGGGUUGCCGGAUACCUCAGCCUGCAGCCAGUAAUCGCAGCAGCGCGUGGUAUUCCAGCCGCCGCCCGCUACCGUCCAGGAUCUCGAGGCCCUGGCCGAUUCCGAAUCAAGUCCGCUCUGGCGACCGGAGCAAAGCUUGGAGCGAGGCGAGAUUCGGGCGCAGAUCUGGAUCCCACCAACGGCGAGCUCGCAAUUGCUGAUGCAGCGCUCCGCACCGGCCGGGUUUCAUGGCCGUGCCUGAGCGAGGCUGCCAAGGCUGCUCAACGGGCCGCGCAGAAGUAGGCUCCGACUCUCGAUUAGGAGAAUAGCUGAGACUAACUCUCACUUAGCUGAGACCGACGGGGGGGCAUCUGAAGCAUUAGCCGUCGUUGCGCUGCAGGAAGCCAAGCUCUGUUUAACUCUUUAGCUUUUUAGCUCAUUGCGCAAUAGCCGGUUUUCGGCGCCAAACGCUCUGCGCAUCCCAGAUAGUAUUAUCGCAGGCCACGG